AUGGCGUUGGCCACUACCACUCCUCCGCAAGACCAUCCUGCUCGUGUUUAUGCCGAUGGCAUUUAUGAUCUCUUUCACUUUGGCCAUGCACGCUCCCUUGAACAAGCUAAGAAAUCAUUUCCAAACACGUACCUUUUGGUUGGAUGUUGCAGCGAUGCAGUGACCCACAAGUACAAAGGCAAAACUGUUAUGACAGAGGACGAACGUUAUGAGUCCCUCCGCCAUUGCAAAUGGGUGGAUGAAGUCAUUCCAGAUGCACCAUGGGUUAUCAAUCAAGAGUUUCUUGACAAGCACAAAAUAGACUAUGUUGCUCAUGAUUCUCUGCCAUAUGCUGAUACUAGUGGUGUUGCAAAUGAUGUUUAUGAAUUUGUUAAGGCUGUUGGAAAAUUUAAGGAAACACAACGGACUGAAGGUAUUUCUACAUCAGACGUGAUCAUGAGGAUUGUUAAAGAUUAUAAUCAAUAUGUGCUACGAAACUUGGAUCGUGGGUACUCAAGAAAAGAUCUCGGUGUGAGCUAUGUGAAGGAAAAACGACUAAAGGUGAAUAGGAGGUUGAAAACUUUCCAAGAGAAAGUAAAAGAGCAUCAAGAGAAGGUUGGUGUAAAGAUUCAAACUGUAGCAAAGAAUGUUGGUAUGCAUCAAAAUGAAUGGGUAGAAAAUGUUGAUCGUUUUGUUGUUGGAUUUCUAGAAAUGUUUGAAGAAGGUUGUCAUAAGAUGGGGACUGCAAUUAGAGAUCAAAUUCAAAAGAAGUUAAUAGGUGAACAAUCAAGUGAUGUAUCAUUUCUUCUUCAAAAUGGCAAGGACAAUGAGGAUGAAGAGUAUUAUUAUUAUGAGGGUGAUGAUAGUGAUGAAGAAUAUUUUGAUGAUGAUGAGCUUAAUCCCUUGAGUAAUGUGAAAGACCAAAUAAAAAAGUAGGCAUACUUCAGUGUAAUUGUUGGGUUCUUGUCAAAAUGUGGAGAGUAAGUUUUAGUGACACUUCUAUAAAAUUCCAUGCU